CGUAUCUUCGCGCGCCCAUGUAAUAUCCUCUAUGUAUUCCUAGAUGGCGCUAAGAUCCGCACCAAUCCAAGUAAUGAAACCAGAAAUGAAGGACAGAGCGUUACAUUGUGGUGUGAGUACGAGGGAAAUCCACCACCAACUGUAACUUGGACAAAAGAUGGAGCACAAUUGUCCAACAAUAAUAUCAAAAUAAAUACCACCUCCAAAGGUGGGGGACAAUACAACUCUACUUUGUCCAUCAGCGAUCUCAAAAGGGAUGAUGAAGGGACAUAUAGAUGCACAGUAAACAAUACAAAUGGUACAAAUGUAUCUUCUCCUGAUGCUGGACACUUAAUUGUUAACUAUGGCCCAAAGAUUAUCACUCAUCCACUCAAUGAAACAAGGAACGAAAGUCAGAGCGUUGUGUUCAGUUGCGAAUACGAAGGAAAACCAUUAACAACUGUGACAUGGAAAAAAGGUAACGAGGUCAUAGCAAAUGGCGGUAGAAGAACAAUCACUAAUCCAAGUGCUGUAGGACGAGCCACCUCUACUUUGACCAUCACCAAUCUUAACAGGACCGAUGAAGGGUUAUAUUCUUGUACAGUAGAUAACAGCGUUGGUAAUAAUGUAUCAAGUCUGUCGAGCCGUGGAUACUUGACUAUAAACUAUCGCUCGCGCAUCUUCAAAAAUCCUCGCAAUGAAACAAGGAACGAAAGUCAGAGUGUUAUGUUAAGCUGCGAGUACGAAGGAAAACCAUUAGCAACUGUGACAUGGACUAAAGACGGUGAUGUCAUUACAAAUGGUGGCAGAAGAACAAUCACCAAUCCAAGUACUGUUGGACGAGCCACCUCUACUUUGACCAUCGAAAAUCUUAACAGGACCGAUGAAGGGUUAUAUACUUGUACUGUGAAGAAUGCAGUUGGUACUGUGGUGUCGACAAUUGCACACUUGACUGUUAACUAUCAACCAAAGAUUUUCACUCUUCCUCUCAAUGAAACAAGGAACGAAAGUCAGAGUGUUACAUUCAGCUGCAAUUACGAUGGAAGACCAUUAAAUACUGUGACAUGGACAAAAGGUGGCGACGUCAUAGCAGAUGGUGACAGAACAACAAUCACUAAUCCAAGUACUGUUGGACGAGCCACCUCUAUUUUGACAAUCGACAAUCUUUUCAGGAACGAUGAAGGGUUAUAUACUUGUACUGUGAAGAAUGCAGUUGGUACUGUGGUGUCGACAAUUGCAUACUUGACUGUUAACUAUAACGCAAGAAUUUUCACGCCACCUCGCAGUGAAACAAGGAACGAAGGUCAGAGUGUUACGUUAAGCUGCGAAUACGAAGGAAAACCAUUAACAACUGUGACAUGGACAAAAGAUGGCAAUAUCUUUACAAAUGGUGGCAGAAGAACAAUCACCAAUUCAAGUGCUGUGGGACGAGCCACCUCUACUUUGACCAUCGACAAUCUUAACAGGACCGAUGAAGGGUUAUAUACUUGUACUGUGARCAAUACACUUGGUACUGUGGUAUCUCCUUCAAGCACUGGAUACUUGACGAUCAACUAUGACCCAAAGAUUUUCAUUCACCCUGUCAAUGAAACAAGGAACGAAAGUCAGAGUGUUAUGUUAAGCUGUGAAUACGAAGGAAAACCAUUAACAACUGUGRCAUGGACAAAAGAUGGCGAAACCAUAACAAAUGCUAGUAGAAUAACGAUUAGCAAGGCAAGUGCUGUUGGACGAGCCACCUCUACUUUGACCAUCACCAAUCUUAACAGGACCGAUGAAGGGUUAUAUACUUGUACUGUAAAGAAUGCAGUUGGAAAUGUGACGUCUCCUAUGRACACUGGAUACUUGAGUGUUAACUAUCACCCAAAGAUUUUCACACAUCCUCUCAAUGAAACAAGGAACGAAAGUCAGAGUGUUGUGUUAAGCUGCGAGUACGAAGGAAAACCAUUAGCAAUUGUGACAUGGAAAAAAGAUGGCGAGGUCAUUGCAGAUGGUGGUAGAAGAGCAAUCACUAAUCCAAGUGCUGUUGGACGAGCCACCUCUACUUUGACCAUCACCAAUCUUAACAGGACCGAUGAAGGGUUAUAUACUUGUACUGUGAAGAAUGCAGUUGGUACUAAGGUGUCAAACACUGGAUACUUGACCGUUAACUUUAUGUCAAGGAUUUUCAGUAACCCUCGAAAUGAAACAAAAAUCGAAAGCCAGAGUGUUACGUUAAGCUGCGAGUACGAAGGAAAACCAUCAGCAACUGUGACAUGGAAAAAAGGUGGCGUGGUCAUUACAAAUGCUGGCAGAAGAACAAUCACCAAUCCAAGUGCUGUAGGUCGAGCCACCUCUACUUUGACCAUCACCAAUCUUAACAGGACCGAUGAAGGGUUAUAUACUUGUACAGUAGAUAACAGCGUUGGUAAUGUGACGUCUCUUAUGAACACUGGAUACUUGACGGUUAACUAUGCUGCUGAAAAAAUAUCUUUAGAAACCAAUUCAUAUGACGUUCCCAUUAAUGAAUCAUUCCAAUUGCUAUGCAAAGGUGGAGGAAAACCUCGUCCGGAAUUCACAUGGACGAGAGAUGGUAAAAGUGUCACCUCGCGGGCGAAAAUACUUGGAAAGGACAACGCAAUACUGAGAGUUGAUAAUGCAAUGCGAGAAGAUGGCGGGAUUUAUACGUGUUUUGGAUAUAAUGGAAUUGGGAAAAAAAGCCAAAGCUCAACUAUUGUAAUCACUGUCAACGAAACAAAACCGCAAGUUGACUUUGUACCAAGCGAGACAUCUAUUUCUAUCAAAAUACACAACGACAAAUUCACCAAACUUGGAAAGAAAAUAUGUUAUUCGUUAAUAUAUGUAUCGGAAGGUUUGAGUCGUCCCAAGUAUUCAGAAAACAAUUAUACACAAGCCAUCAAAAAGAAUGGUCCAAGCUCAUUAUAUGUCACAGGAUUGAUAGAUAUUAACCAAUUAGAACGAUUCAUCGUUGGUAAUGGGGAAACGUAUCCUAAUAAACUUAUUAAUUGUGGCGGGAAGAGAAAGAGAAGAGAUGCGAUUGUAUCGCCCACUGGCUUCAGUUAUGUUAAUAAAAAACUGGAACCCGGUAAGACGUAUUCUUUUCUUCAACGUGCUGAAACGAGAACCAAAGGAGAACAUGAAGAUUAUGGAUGGACUCCAUACAUUACGACUAAAAAAACUGAAGAACCACCAUCAGAGAACGUGGGUGGAAUUGUUGCUGGUGUAUUGGCAGCUAUCGUGGUGAUUUGCAUCAUAGUUGUCAUAGUGAUUUAUCUCCACCGACGAAAAAGGGACAAUGAUUCCGACGAGGACGGAGUGCCAAUGCAGAACCGCAGGGGUACCAAAAACAGGCUCAACAGCAUUGCACGCAUGAAGCAUAGUCAUGCUCAGUACAUAUCAGGAAACGUCUUCUCUGCCAAAGAAUUUGAGCGCCACGUCAAUCAACUGCACUCAAACUCCGAUCUGUUGUUUUCACAAGAGUACUCGACAGUCCARUCUCCAGGCACUGUUACUAUUACUAACUCCUUACAACCCGAGCAGAAACCUAAGAACAGAUACAAUAAUAUUGCAGCUUUUGACCACACUCGUGUCGUUCUAAGCACUCUUGAAGGAGAUCCWAGUUCGCACUACAUUAAUGCAAACUACCUGGACGGCUUCUCUAAGAAAAGAGAGUACAUCGCAGCUCAAGGCCCCUUACCACACACAUGUGACGAUUUUUGGAGGAUGAUCUGGGAACGAGGGUCCAAGCUUAUUGUCAUGGUAACGAAUUGUGAAGAAAAGGGACGUAUUAAGUGUCAUCAAUACUGGCCAUCAUCGGGCUCCAUGAAUUUUGGACGAAUUGAAGUGACUAUUUUGAGUACGGUAGAGCUUAGUCACUAUACUAUCAGAUCGUUCCAAGUCAAGAUGCAAAAUAUACCCGAGCAAAGACAAAUCACGCAAUAUCACUACACCGCUUGGCCAGAUCACGGCGUGCCGUCUAGUGUCACAUCGGUAUUGAACUUUGUAAGAAAGGCAAGCGGUGCGAAUCCACCAGAUGCAGGCCCUAUGGUUGUACAUUGYAGUGCUGGUGUCGGUCGAACAGGUACUCCCACAGACCAAUUUGUUAUUGUUAAUUUAAUCAUGCAUCAAUAUACCUUUGUAUGAAACCAUCACAUGUUACUAAAUCCCCCAUUUWGGAUGACAAAAAAUGUGAACAACCUCAAAAACAAAAGGAACAUAGACCGUCAAGCUUGAAUUUUCUUUGUUUUGAACAUCCUAGAGGGAAUUUUGCCCUCCAGAAUGGCGGAUUUAGUACCAUGUGACCGUUUCAUGCAAAAGGCCUCUAACCAUGGGCUGCACUGGAGGCUAUUUGUCCAUUGAUAGACUCUAAU